AUGGAACUCCUCUCUACACCAAACAGAUUCAUCCCUAAUUAUAAGUGUCACAUUCAGAAUAACCUGAUUGCUGUCAUAGGAGGACCAAGUUCUAUUGAAUUUCUUGACAUGGCUACCAUUAUGACAGCUUACAAGUUUGUGCAGGUUGCAUAUAGUUCUGUCCCAGAGACCAGUAGCAUCACUCAAAGUCAUUUCUUUUACUGGAUGCUCCCAAAGGCCGAUCAUCAAUAUCAUGGACUUCUCCAGCUCUUUUUGCAUUUUGGCUGGACCUGGAUUGGAGUGUUGUACCUUAAUAUCGGCAACAUAGCUGAGAAUUUGCUGAGGAAUGUUAUUCCCAUGUUUUCCAGAAGUGGGAUCUGUUUUGAAUUCAUAGAAAAAAUACCAGGUGGAUUUCUCAGUGAGGAUGAGAAGACACUGCGUACAUCAUACAAUAUUUUAAGUAUUGUUUUUAAGAGUACAGCUAAAAUAGUGGUGUUUCUUGGGGGAUUUCAGAGUAUGCUAAAUUUAAGGGCUUUAUUCAGAAUUUCAGAAUAUAAUGAUAUGCCAUAUAGCCCCAAGGUUUGGUUUAUGACAGCGGAGGUAGACUUCUCGUCCCUUCCUUUCCAAAGAUAUUGGGAUCUUAAUUUCAUUCAUGGCUCUAUAACGCUUGCCGUACAUUCAAAACAAGUGUCGGCUUUCCAGAAAUUUGUUCAGAUGAGGAGCCCGGUUUUAGAUAAGGAAGAUGGAUUUCUAAUUCAGUUUUGGCAACAGAUGUUUAACUGUUUGCCCCAAGCUUCCAUCACAGAUGAAGAGGAUGACAAUAUCUGCACUGGGGAGGAGAAACUAGAGACUCUCCCUGUAUCUGUGUUUGAAACCAGCAUGACUGCCCACAGCUACAGUAUCUACAAUGCUGUUUAUGCAAUUGCACAUGCUUUGCAUGCCAUGUAUUCUUUCCAAGGCCGACAAAGAAGAAUGACGAGAGAGAAUUUCCUGAAUCAACAGUCAUGGAGGGAACGACCUGUUUCACUUUGUAAUGAGAAGUGCAAGCCAGGUUACCGCAAGACCAAGAUCGAAGGGCGAUCGUUUUGUUGCUAUAACUGCACUCGAUGCCCAGAGGGAAAGAUCACAAAUCAGAUAGAUCGAGACGACUGUUUCCAGUGCCCAGAAGAUCAAUAUCCAAACAACAAGCAGGAUUUAUGCAUGCCAAAGGAUAUAAGUUACUUAAGUUAUGAAGAACCUUUGGGGAUCAGCUUAGUGACGUUGGCUCUUGUGCUUUCUUUUAUCACAAUAUUGGUGCUAGGAAUCUUCAGGAAGUAUCACAACACUCCAAUCAUCAAAGCCAACAACCGCAGCCUCUCCUAUACCCUCCUCCUCUCACUCCUCCUCUCCUUUCUUUUCUCUCUACUUUUCAUUGGUCAACCCAUGAAGAUGACUUGUCUCCUUCGACAGACUUCUUUUGGGAUCAUCUUCACUGUGGCUGUUUCUUGUAUGUUGGCCAAAACUGUCACCGUGGUGUUUGCAUUCAUGGCCACCAAACCAGGAUCAAGAAUGAGGACAUGGGUUGGGAAAAGCCUAGCUCUUUCCAUUGUUCUCUCCUGCUCCUUUAUUCAAUUUCUUCUUUGUACUGUGUGGUUAGCAACCUCACCCCCUUUCCCAGACAUGGAUAAGCACUCUUUCAUUUCUGAAAUUGUUGUGGAAUGCAAUGAAGGGUCAGAUAUCAUGUUUUAUAGUGUUUUAUCUUUUAUGGGUUUCCUGGCUAUAGUCAGUUUUAUUGCAGCUUUCCUUGCUAGGAAGUUACCAGACACUUUCCAGGAAACCAAAUCUAUCACAUUCAGCAUGCUGGUUUUUUGUAGUGUCUGGUUGUCCUUUGUCCCAGCUUACGUGAGCACCAAAGGCAAAUACAUGGUAGCUGUGGAGAUCUUCUCCCUCCUGGCCUCCAGCACUGGGCUUCUGGCUUGUGUCUUUUUCCCCAAAUGCUACAUUAUCGUCAUGAGGCCUCAUCUGAAUAAAAGGGAGCAUCUCAUAAAGAGAACUGUUUAA